UCCCUGGACUUGUCUGGAGGCUUGGUCGAUAUUCUCGGACCACCUCGUUUCCUUCUCCCUCUCUUCUGUCAAACACUUACACCAACGGAGCCGGUCUCCCAACUUGACUCCCCACGGAGCUCUCACCCUCGCACACUACACUAAUUUUAUAAUCUGCUGUGUGUGUGUCCAAGUCGACACACCCUUGACCAGUCGCCAACAUGUCCACUCUGGCAGCGGAUGUCACUUAUGACUUCACCUUCCCAUCAUGCGACCCCACCACCCCUCCGAGCUUCACCUUUGACCCGUCACUGCUCGAGAUCCCCUACAACCCCGGCCAUGCCCGCUCCAGCUCGCAUGGGUCUGUUUACUCUUUCGAGUCGUCGCCCUCCGACUCGAUCACUGCCCCGAGCACCCGCCGGACCACCCCGGCGCGGUCUCCCAUCCGCACCCAUGGGCCGCUCCUCCUGCCCAAGAUCCGCAGCCAAGACCAGGCCAUGAUCCCCCCUGCUGUUGUUCCCCGGCCGGCGAAGCGGGCGAGGACCUCUCCGGCGCCCAGCCUGCCGAACAAGAGUGCCUACCGGCCGACGCACGCUCGCAGCCAGACCAACCCGGAGACCAUCUCGUACUCGGCUGCCCUCACCUUCGCCGACGACAGCAACCCGGCUCCUCUCCUCUGCUCUCCCGUCAGCUUCACCCGCGAGUCGUCAGUGAUGGACUCCCGCCGCGCAUCGUCAUGCAGCCUCGACAAUGUCACCGUCGACAACUACUUCCCGGCCUACCAGAUGCCUACCUACAUGCCGGCCCGCGCCAGCAGCAGCCCCACUCCCCCGCCGCAACCCCAGGCUCUCCCCCAGCAGGACCAGUUCCUCUACCAGCAGUUCAUGCCGCGCGGCCCCUCGCCGCUGGCCGCUGCCGCGCCCAUCACCCCGGAGGUGACCCCGUCCACCACCCUCUACUCCUACCUCACCGCACCUAACCCGGCCCCAUCACUUGUCCGCAACCUCUCCUUCCCCCUCCGGGACCCCAACACCAAGCACUUCUGGUGGGACGUCCGCCAGAUCCGCCCCUGGACCAACUUCACUGCCUCCUCCAUCCUCUCCAUGCCGGGCGCCGCCGGCUGCCUGUCCACCCCCAUCUCCUCCGCCCUCCUGCCAACCCCGGCCACCACCCAGCGCCACCCGGAAACCGAAGCGGCCCUCCACUCCAUCUACGCCGCGCACUACCUCCCCAAGCUCAACAACGCGCUCGCCCUCUGCUCGCAGCGCCCUCUCAAGCUCACCGUCGCGCCCACCAAGACCAACCCCACCCCCAAGAGCAACAACCUCGGCAUGGCCACGGACUGCAUGUUCGUCGCCAGCGCGGCGGGCGAGUCGUCCUCGGCGGCGGCCAUCUUCGGCGGCAAGCCGACGGCGCGCGUCGUCGGCCUGGUCAAGAGCUUCGACCGCUUCAACACGGGCAUGCGCGCCGAGGGCAACGUCAAGCGCGUCGAGUACCUCCGCGGCCUGGCCCACCUCCACCACGCCAUGCGCGAGCACGGCUGCCGGUACGGCUUCAUCCUGACCGAGAUCGAGCUGGUCUACGUGCGCAACGGCGCCGAGCACACGCCGCACUUCGGCUCCCUCGACGUCGGCAGCGUGCAGCUGGCCAGCGCCGACGACCUCGACCUUCUCGACGGGGGCGUCGUCGACCCGGCCGACGCCCGCAUGACGGCCUGCCUCGCCCUCUGGGGCCUGUGCAUGCUCGCCGGCGACGAGCCCAUGCCGGGCCACGCCCACUGGAAGGCCGAGAUCGGCGCCCCCGCCGACGGCACCCGCCGCAAGGCCCUGCCGCGCGACGCCUGGAUGCCCCAGCCCCAGCUGGCCGAGAAGCGCGAGGCCAAGAGGUCCCGCGGCUGGGUCCUGCCCGAGUGCCCCGUCGGCCGCAAGGAGGUCGGCAAGCGCGGCGUCAAGUAUGGCGCUUGCUGAGAUGGUUUUCUUUUUUUUUUCUUCCCUUUUUUAAUUCCUUCCUCGACCUUGUUCAUAAACUGGUCUUUGUUGGAGAGUCUGUGACUCGUCCACGAUAAACGCCACUGUGUGGCUAUUUCUUGUACAUAGAGGUAAUGGGUUGCAUGGCUGGGGUUGAUGACGUUACGACUGGCUCGGAUGACUGUCACGACUUUUCGGAUGCAUCGCAUACAGGGAGGCUACAUUUGGGUUUGGGCUGGAGUUGGGGUUAAUU